AUGGAAGAAAGAAAUGAAUCUGAUCAGUCUAUCUCCUCAGGGAGGCAAGAAAUUCGGAAAAGAAGACGACCUAGCCAACCAAUGGUAGAUAAAAGCCAGCAGACAGAAGGAACAGAGAAAAAGAAACACAUGCCUGGGCCACCAUCAUCUGGCCCUAAAGCUACCCUCAGUUCUGGAAGUAUUCCUGGAAGCAAAGACAAGUACUGUGAAUCUCUAAGAGUAUCUUGUCAGCUUCAGAAAACAUGGGUGAAGCGAAAGCAUGGGCUGGAAAUGACAGAUCAAUCUCUGCAGACAGACACUGUUGUAGACAAGAAAAAGGAAAUCAAGUCGGUGGGACCUGAAGAAAAGCCAGCCAAUGGUGAAGAAGCAGCCCUUGACUUGCAAGAGACAGUCGAAGAAGUAGAAAUGUCAGCAAAAAGAAGACUAAUAAACAGAUCUCAGCAGACCAGCUGUACUGGAGAUUGGAGCAUGAUGAAUAUUCCCUCCAAAGGAAAAGAGGACAAGGAACAGCAGACCUACUUCGAUGACUUUGAAAUAACAUAUUUUACCAGAAAAGGCAGUUGGAAGGAAGGUGUUGAUAAAUACAAGCCCUCAGGAGAGAUUGCUGUUAGUGAACAUACUGAAUUUCAACCAGUGACAAGUAGCCAGGAAGAAAUUCAGAUGAAAAGUAUCAGUGGAGUUCCAUUUACUCAGGAAAAGGACAAAGGCUCCCGAGUACCUUCAGAAGAUGCCAUUAGGCAAGUGGUGACCGGAUGUAUUGUGGAUCAUAGUGCUAGUCACGAAGAAAGAGCUACUGCUGAAAUAGAGUCCCUGCCAAGAGAAAGCAUCAAUUUUGAAAUCCAGGCUCUACCAUCUAAGGAGGCUGAAAUAGAAGAGGCCCUUUUUAAAGUUAAAUCUUCACCAUCUGAAGAGGCUCUGGUAGAAGAGGCCCCUUUUGAAGUCCAGUCUCCACCAUCUGAGGAGGCUGUGAGAGAAGAGGCCCCUGCUGAGGUUCAGCCUCCACCAUCUGUGGAGGCCCCUGCUGAGGUUCAGCCUCCACCAUCUGAGGAGGCCCCUGCUGAGGUUCAGCCUCCACCAUCUGUGGAGGCCCCUGCUGAGGUUCAGCCUCCACCAUCUGUGGAGGCCCCUGCUGAGGUUCAGCCUCCACCAUCUGAGGAGGCCGUGAGAGAAGAGGCUCCUGAGGAAGCCCAGCCUCCACCAUCUGAGGAAGCUGUGGUAGAAGAGGCCCCUUCUGAGGUUCAGCCUCUACCAUCUGAGGAGGCAGCAACAGAGGAGGCCCCUGAGGAAGCCCAGCCUCCACCAUCUGAGGAGGAGGCUACAGAGGAGGCUCCUGAUGAAGCCCAGCCUCCACCAUCCGAGGAGGAGGCUACAGAGGAGGCUCCUGAUGAAGGCCAGCCUCCACCAUCUGAGGAGGAGGCUACAGAGGAGGCUCCUGAGGAAGGCCAGCCUCCACCAUCCGAGGAGGAGGCUACAGAGGAGGCUCCUGAGGAAGCCCAGCCUCCACUAUCUGAGGAGGAGGCUACAGAGGAGGCUACAGAGGAGGCUCCUGAGGAAGCCCAGCCUCCACUAUCUGAGGAGGAGGCUACAGAGGAGGUUCUUGAUGAAGCCCAGCCUCCACCAUCCGAGGAGGAGGCUACAGAGGAGGCUCCUGAGGAAGCCCAGCCUCCACCAUCCGAGGAGGAGGCUACAGAGGAGGCUCCUGAGGAAGCCCAGCCUCCACUAUCUGAGGAGGAGGCUACAGAGGAGGCUCCUGAGGAAGCCCAGCCUCCACCAUCCGAGGAGGAAGCUACAGAGGAGGUUCUUGAUGAAGCCCAGCCUCCACCAUCUGAAGAGGAGGCUACAGAGGAGGCUCCUGAUGAAGGCCAGCCUCCACCAUCUGAGGAGGAGGCAACAGGGGAGGCCCCUGAUGAAGCCCAGCCUCCACCAUCGGAGGAGGAGGCUACAGAGGAGGUCCCUGAUGAAGCCUAG